AUGGCGGUUGUUCCUCGCGGAAGACGUAUUCAUGUCCCGAGUGCGGGAAAUGUUUUCCCAAGACAGAGAAGCUUAUGGCACACCAGAGGACUCACUCCGUGGACAAACCGUAUUCAUGUUCAGAGUGCGGAAAGUGUUUCCCGUACAGAUCGCACCUUGACCGCCAUGAAAGGACUCACACGGGCGAGAAGCCGUUUUUCUUGUUCCGAAUGCGGAAGAUGUUUUACCCAGAAAGGAUAUGUCCUGUUACACCAGAGGAUUCACACGGGGGAGAAACCGUAUUCCUGUCCGGACUGCGACAAAUGUUUUACCCAAAGAUCGAGUCUUUUUAAACACCGGAUAUGUCACACGGGGAUGAAGCCGUAUUCGUGUCCCGAAUGCAGGAAAAGUUUUAAAAAGAAAGGCAAUCUUAUUGCGCAUCAGAAGACUCACACCGGAGAGAAACCGUUUCCCUGCCUCGAAUGCGGCAAGCGUUUUGCGUACAAGUCAAAUCUUACCGUACAUGAAAAAAUUCACACAGGAGAGAGACCUUUUUCGAUCCACACGGGUGAUCUCCCGUAUUCCUGUUUGGAAUGCGGGAAGUGCUUUACUGACAGGUCGUCUCUCCUCAAACACCAGAGAAUCCACACCGGCGACCGUCCCUAUUUGUGUUCGGAGUGCGGGAAAGGAUUUACAGAUAUAUCCAGCCUAUUUCAGCAUCAGAGAGUCCACACUGGGGUUCAGCCCUAUUCCUGUUCCGAGUGUGGGAAAUGUUUUACGCGUAAAUCAACUCUGGUUAGGCACGAGAGAGUCCACACCGGGGAGAAGCCAUAUUCCUGCUCUGAAUGCGGGAAGCGGUUUACUCAGAAACCAGCCCUAGUGUCACAUGGCCGAGCCCGUACAGGGGCUAAGAUGUACCUAUGUUCUGAGUGUGGUAAAUGUUUUGUCUCCAGAUCCAAACUGCUGGUGCACCAGACAACUCACACAGGGGAGAAGCCACAUUCAUGUCCUGAGUGCGGGAAAUGUUUUUCCCGGAAGACGUCUCUUCUCAAACACAAGAAACUUCACACGGGGGAAAAGCCUUAUAUCUGUCUGGAGUGUGGGAAAUGUUUUACAGAGAAGGUCAAUCUUCUCACACACCAAAGAAUACAUACAGGAGAGAAACCGUUUUCAUGUCCAGAAUGUGGGAAGUCUUUUUCCCAGAGAGGAAACCUUAUAUCCCACCAGAGAACUCUCACACAGCCGAGAAACCGUACUCAUGUUCUAAGUGCGGGAAGUGUUUUACGCAGAGACAAGGUGACUCACACGGGAGAGCGUCCGUUCUCGUGUUCUGAAUGCGGGAAAUGCUACACUGAUAAGUCCCAUCUAGCUGUACAUCAGGUCAUUCACAUGAGCGACCGCCAGUAUUCUUGCCUUGAGUGCGGCAAACGGUUUACCCGAAAAGGAAGCCUUAUUUCGCACCAGAGGUCACACACGGGAGAAAAGCCAUUUUCAUGCACCGAGUGUAGUAAACAGUUCACGAGAAAAGCCACUCUCGUCUCGCAUCUAGCUUCCCAUAAAUUACAAGAGAAGUCAGUCAACACGUUUUGGGGGUCCAAAUUCCCCUAA